UUAUGAUCUGAAUGAAACAGUCUCCCAAUUUCAUUAAUUCCCUCCUCUCUACUACCACCCUUUACCCCCAAAUAAAUACCUAUGUCUAAGAAAACUAGCAGUUUAGCAUUUUGGAUCUGUCUAUAGUUUAUUUCUUAAUUUGUUUCUCAAAUAAUCAACCUUGUUUAAGUAAUUAUAGAAUCAGUCUCAAAAGAUAGUAAUCUAAUACUAUGGAAAAGAUUCACAAGAGAAAACAUGAACACCAACUCAAUGAUUACAUGCAUAAAUCAAACCUUAGCUCUAGGGAAAUGGGAAACUUAAAUUGUGACUACAGAUGUAACUUAGGAGAUCAAUAAGGCAGUGCUCAACAAGGGAACAAUUUUUUGCUUGGUUGCUUUUCAUCCCAAGAGCCAGUGUGAUUAUCAGGCAGCAAAAGCAAUUUGAUAUCCAGGAAUAUUUCACAAACCACUAAUUGAGGCAGGGCUGUUUGCUCAUUAGCAAUGUUCUGGUACCCAAUAGGUCUGGGAGUGCUAAUAUCCUGCCUGUGGCUGUAAAUCCAAAUACACAGAGUUUCUCCUUAGGAGUAUCUCUAGGAGUGGAAGAGAUUGGACAGGCUUGUUAGCUUCGGGUAUACUCUCCCUUGUAAUAACACUUCUUGAACAAAGGGUUACUGGGAGCAGAGCCCGGUUUGCCAAACUGAAUUUGCCGAUGUCAGCAACCCGGAAGGUGAGAUGAUUUUGACCAUAUGUAGAAAUAGCAGAGGGACAAUAAAGCACUUUGGGGUGGGGCUCUGUGGAAGCUAAACAAGAGCCAACUAGAAAAAAUAAGCAGGCUGGGGAAUUAAUUACCUGCAAAGGUAGACUAAGCCCAGACAACAGUACAGCACAGAAAAGCCACACCACUCCCCAGUUUGCUUUAGAUUUCAGUGUUUAAAAAAAAAAAAAAAAAAAGUCUGAAACUCAGGCCUAUCCCCAUGCCUGAUUGUUUCAAUUAACCUUCUAAAUGUAUAGUCUUGAAAUUCUAACCAUUCUAACCAAAAGGGGUGGAAAUAAAUAAUUGUGGUAGAGGAAAUUAACCAUGAUCUCUGGUAAAUUUUGGAGACAAAAGAUUAACUGCUUAUAAACACUUAAUAGUUAACUUCAUUAUGGGCCUUCAAUGAGUUAAUCUUUAGGUAACACUAAUAGUUGGAGCAGAUGAAGGUAGUGACACAUAGUCAUUAAUCCUCUUAAUUUGUUUUUCUUAUAUAUGUUACAUAUAUAAAAUAAUUCAAUCAGGGACAUAACCCUCUGUGUCUAUCAAGACAGAGGGUUCAUGAACUCAAUGAAAAUGCCCAGAAAGUUGUGUGUGUGUGCGUCUGUACACACUCUUCUGAGGAGAGAGAUUAUUGCUUUUAUUUGACCCUCCCAGAGUUCCAUGACUCAAAAAAAAAAAAAAAAAAAAAAAAAAAAGAGUUGAUAAACCAUGAACUGACCAGCUUACAUGCCCACUAUCAGAAACAUAUCUUUGUAUGAAUCUAAAUCCCUUGCUUUUUCACCCCUUCAUGUUUCUGCUUGCAUGUAUUUGCCUGGAAUACCUUUCCUUCUAGUUCAACUGAUAAAUCCUACCCAUUCUUCAAGUCUUGGCAUAAGUGACACCUUCUCUGUAAAGCUUCUGUUGGUAACUCCAUCUUCAAAGGGAAUUAAUAAUUCCCUAGUGAGCAUGAUAACAUUUCAUGAAAAAUCCUAUGAUAGCACUUACCAAACUUGUCUCCCGGUCAGAACCCUAUCCUCUUCAUCAAUGGACUCCCAAACUUUUAAUGCAGCACCUAGCAUAUAGUAGAUGUUCAUGAAAUAAACGUUUGAUGACUGAAAGAACAAGUGAGCUCAAACCCUCCUCCAACAUAAUUCCAAGUCUCAGUUUCUUCUAGUAAAUAUACUUCAUUCAUUUCCAGGUGCAUAACUCGCAAUGGAUCAACCUUCGCCUCCUCAAAGUCAAACCUGGCCAACCCUCAAGUUCUAAAGCCUAGUUCUUAAGUGGGGAAUUACAUGUGCUGGAAACGUCCUUGCUCCACCAGCCGGACGCCAGGAAGCAAGCGCCAAACACUGUUUGCAGGACAGCUCUUAUUUCAGGAAUGAAGACUAAGGCUCAGCAGGUAGGAGGCCUUGAGAACUAGCACGGAAUUUCCAAGAGGCCCACGCUGCGAUGGAGCUGCGGAGUGCUUGGCUCAGGGAACUCACUGGAUAAUGAGACGAGAGACACUUGCGAUAUUGGAAUAAACGCAUCCAAACUCAUCUACAUUAACAGGGGCACCAGCUUACUAUGCUGGGGAAGAUUUGAAGAUCAAGAGUUAGACAGAACUGAGUUGAAAUCUUAGAUACAUGACUUUGGGUAAGUCUCUUUCCUUCCCUGGGCAACAGUUUACUUACGCAUGGAAUAGGUGUCAUUGUUGUAAAGAAGGGAAGUGUUGAUUUUUGGAAAACGCUUAGCACAACACUCAACUCUUCCAAUCAUAUCACUAAACAUAUCAAACAUAUCAAACAACUCUUCCAAUCAUAUCACUAAAACCCAUUCAGGUGGGAAUCAGGAUCAUGCUGGGUGAGAAAAACAACCUCCUCAUUUGUGUCAUCCCUGUGCCUAUAUGUGCUGACUCUCCGUGGGCUUAUCACAGUAUUUUGCGUUUUUAAACUUCAUGCAGGCCAUCAGGUUGGCUACUCUUUUAACAUGAGCGCUACUUUGCAAAGUCCACUUUGCAUCCCCAGCAUCUAUCACAGUCCCUGGAAUGUGAUAACAUCUGUUAAAUACACAAGUUUUUCUUAGGAACAAGUUGUUCCAACCCACCAAGCUGAGUGAUUCAGAUACAGUAUUAUGGCCACAUCUUUUCCUUCACUGUGCUCAGCAAAGAAAGAAAAUACUACAAACCCAGUGAUGAAAAUGAAUUUUGAAUUUUUAGCCAAAGACCAAAUAGGAGCCAGAUGCUGAGCAGCCAUCUUCGGGAAGGGCCAACUCAACCAGCCAAGGCUCAAAAUAAAUUCCAAGGCAGAAUUACAACAUUCGAAGCAAUUCUAUGAUUUUGGUGUCAUAGCUGAAGACUUGGACAUAUGGCAUUCUCGUCUAUGCAUGCCAAAGAGAGCGAUGGAGAGGGAAAGGAGGGAAGGACCUGGACAGAAGCAAAUGUCAGGAAGCCAACAAGAUCAGGGAUGCCAAGCUGGGGCCAAUAUAUAGGAAAAGGUGGAGGCCAUGGGCUGGCUAUCAUGAGUCAUAUAGACUUGGUCACUUAGUAGCCCUUUGAUUGGGUAAAGUUACUUGAUUGCUGGGAGGCUUAAUCUCUUCAUCUAUAAAAUGGGGUGUAUUAGUCAGGAUAGGCUAAUCUGUGCUGUGGUAACAAACUGAAAUCUCAGUGACUUCACAGAACAAAAAUUAAUUUUUACCCACCCAAAGUUAAGUCAGUAGGAAUCCUCCUACAUCCAGUGACUUAGGAUCCCAUUUUCUUCUAUCUCAUGAUGCUACUAUCUCAUCAUUGGCUUCCAAUGUUACUGUGUCAAGAAAGAGAGAGCUUGAGAAGUUAUACUGGCUCUUAGGUGCCUCAGCACACAAACAAUGUAUGUAAUUUCUGCUUGGAGCUUAUUGGUCAGAAUAAGACACACGGCCCAGUCAACUGCAAGGAAGACUGGGAAAUGUGGACGAGUGUAGGUAUUUGGGGAACACUAAAUAUGCCUGCCCCACAGGGUAAUAAUUAACUCAAUCAGAACUGGAUUUCAUUGCAUAAAACACAGCAGCUAAAUAACUCUUUUAAUGGCUUUAAGGAGUUAGAGAUUCAUUUUGCCUGUUAUAAAAAGUUCGGAGGAAGGCACUGCAGCAGCUCCACAGCCAUCAGGGUCAUAGGCUCCUUCUCUGUUUCUGUUCCACCAUUCUUCGCGUACGGCUUCCAUCCUAAAGUCACUUCAUGGUUACAAGGUGCCCUCCAGCUAUUAUGUCCACAUUGCCACUAAUAUUUCUCAGCAAUACAAGGCACACUAUCAGCAUUAAAGAGCUUUCUCUGAAGCUUACCCAGCAACUUCUAUUUAUAUUCUUUGGCUACUCCUAGUUGCAAGGAAAGCUGGGAAGUGUAGUCUUUAACAUCUGUGAAUGGGAGAGUGAAUACUGGGUAGGUAACUAGCAGUUGAUACCAAAAUAAUAUUUAAUUCAUGGGUUUGUGAUGAGUACUAUUCAAAAGCUAAAAGCACUGCUCAGGACCUGGUCUUUGCAAGUGCCCAAUAUAUGUUAGUUGUGGGGGUCUUUUGUCAUUCUUGUUUUUAUUAACCAGGUCAUCAUUUAGGAAGCCAGACUUUGGUGGCAGCAUCUCAGGGACCUGUCAAGGAAAUUGAUGAGUCUCUCGUCUUAGUAGGGAGAACAUGGAAGAGCACAGCAGGAUAUAAGAGCACCAGGCCUUGGGUUAGGGAUUAGGACAGGGAAAUGGUCAGCACUCAAGAGGAAGGACUAACACAGAAUGUCAUUCUGCUGGGCUGGGCCAAGCCAGCAGGGAGAAGGAAGGAGGGCCGGCCAAGAGGCAGAAUAUGGCAGCUAUAGGUUUUCCUGAGGUUAACUUUGUUUGAGAGAUGUCAUUGGCAGAGAAGAGAAUUCAAGAAAAUAUUGUGAAAGACCAGAAAUUAUCCCAGUGCCUGCCUCAGUUGGCACCUUUAAGAAGUUAGCAUCUCUUGCACUCUUAACUUUGCACCCUCCCCCUUUCUACUCACUGACCUCACUCCAUCUCUGCAAUGUCACCUCACCUCUUCACUUGAUUUCUAUCCCCACAAAUCUCAGCCCUUCUUGCUGCCACUGCUUUUUCCCUCUUUUAUUCAGCCUGAGUACUUACUUUCUGAGUACUUACCAGGAGCCAGACAUAAUUUUCUAUACUAGGGAUACAGUGGGGAAUAAGAUAGGCAAACUCCCUUGUUUUAUGAAGUCUACAUGAUGCUUUGGCCUCUUUCCUCCUUGGAAUGGUGCCUUCUAGGUAAUUCCUCUGGAACUUCUGGAAGCCUCUGGGACUUUUCCUUCAGUAUCCUGUAUGCAACUCACCCACCACCUCUUCAGUCCUAUUCCUGAGGAUGAAAUCAAAACUCAUAGUUACUACAACCCAGAUAUUAGGGAGAUGACUUACUUCAAAGUCCUACCCAGUAAAAAAUUGAGACUCUUCAUACUUCACUUUAGAGUUGGCUCAGAAACAGGGCAGGGUUAAGCCUAUGGGUGGAAGCAUUAAUGGCCUCACUUGGGAAAAGCUGGAGAAUAAAACAAGUAAAUUUAGCAAGGUGGGAGAGACCAACCUGUAUAAUUUCAAUUAUUUGGGUAGAAAAGUGAAUAACUUCUUUUGUCACUUAGGGUCCUUGAUUGCAAGCAACAUAAAUGGACUCUAGGUAACUUACAUAGAAGAGGUGUACUGGAAGGAUAUGGGGCAUCAACAUCGCAAAUAAGAUUUGAAGGAGAAGCUGAAGGGUCAGGCCUCAGAAAGAACAGGAUCCAGAGCAGCUCAGGGAAUUUGUUUGAGUUCCAUGUCUCUGUUAGAGAAAAUGGUCCCCAGUCAUAUGUCUAUGCUUUUUAUCCAUACCCAAGAGACACAUUCUUCGAAGAGAGAGGGAUAUUAUGGUCCUAGUUUGAGUUACAUUUCUACUUCUUCCCAUCUGCAGCCCAAAUGACAAUUUCUAUCAAGUCUGUAAGCCAAGGAACCUGGUAGUUUAUUCUCUGAACCAAAAUUGAAGUAUGCCUACCAGAAUGGGAAGUGAGUGCUGGGCAAGCAGAUAACUCAGCUGUCUACCACUCCACUCUAGAUAAUUUUCUUAUUUUCAAAACUAUGGCUUUAAGAACAUUUCAUGAGCAUCCAUAAGAAUAAUUCCUUCUGAAAACAUUUUCAGUUGUGGGAAUCAAGACUGGCUCAAUCCUUAAUGGUUGCAAUAAACUAGAUGCUUAAGAUGGGAAUUUGGAGUGGGGCUGACAGAAAUAACAAUUAUAGGUGAUUUAACAAUCUAAAAAUAUAUUUUAUUUUUGUACUGUUUGGGCUUUUACAAUCUGUUCUGUAUGUUUAUAAUUAUAAUUUUGCUGUAUUUUAAAAAUCAGUAAUAUAUUCACGUGGUUUACUCACCUUCCUCCAUCCUGCUGCCUAAAACGUAGAUGUGUCAUUUUGAAUUAUGAAGGCAAAACCCUAGGAAUGGCAGAAAAGUGCACUGGAAGGAACUAGGAUCUGAUAACUUUAUGCAACAGGGACAUUAUGCCAGCCCUCUCCUGUAUUGCUCUAGAUUUUUAUGUAAUAGAGAAAUAAGCCACUCUUACUUGGCUUUUUUCUGUUAUAGCCAAGCCUAAUCCUAACUGAUUCCCUAAAGUUGAACCACCAAUAAGUGAUAGAGCCUUGAUUCUAAUUCAGUUCCAGGGCCCGGAUUUGGGUGAGGAAAAGAGUGACCCAGAGGGCAAAAUUUAAAGAGGCACUCACUUUCAGGAUUGUACAAGUGCUGACUCUGUCCCUGUAUGACCCUGAGAGUAGGUGCCUCCUGAAAUUUUGACCCUUAGGCACCUAGCUUACUCCAGAGGCUCAGCUUCCAGAGCCCAGGCUCUUUCAGCCUCAACACACUGACAGGACAAGGCCUAAGGUUGAAUCAACCUAUUGCUGCAUCAUCACCGUGAAAAAUUAACUGGACUUAGUCAGAAAUUUAAAAUACCAUUUUUUGACAUUGACUGUGAAAUAUAAGAGUCAAAAAGUUUCUGAAGCCUCCAUUCCAUAGCACCCCUACCAUUCUGAGAGCUAGCUUUUAUCAUUCGCUGGCGUGAGAGUGAAGAGCCCUUCUGAAAUAACUCGCCCUCUCAUCCACUCUCCAAGCAGGCAAUCUUGUUUAUAUAUCAUUUCUCCCACAUGAAUCAUUUGUAGCAAGAGUACAGCUUCCACUUGUCCAUGAGAAAUGUUCAAAACAAUCUUUUCUACUCUACAUAAAACUUCAGGAGUAACAAUAGGCAUUCAGAAUGAGGCUGCUAUUUGUCAGCCUCUCAAAGUCAGGGAACAAAUGAAAGUAACUAUGAGCCAUCAAAAAUCAUGUUGAGAGAAAAAAAAAAUUCCUUCUGGUGAUCGCUCAUUUUUCUGAGCCCCCACCGCCCCCCGCCUUCUUCAAAACUGACUUUUAUAUUAUGCUUCCAGCAGAAACCUCCCUAGUUCCUUCUGCUUCUAGUUCCAAGGUGUUAUUUUCACAUAAAGCUUCCUGAGAUCUGUGCAGAGUCAUCAUAGGGAGAGGUAGAGGGCUAGUGUGGGGUACAGGGUUAAUUGCCAUUUGCAUCUCAGGGAUCAGAACCCUAAGCGAAAGGUUAGGGGAAAAGGUAGAGUCAUUUCUUAAUGUUUUGUUUAUUUGAUAUGCUGAAUUUGUGUUGAGUUCCACAAAGAAUUUCCAAAAAAUAAAUUUUCUGCAGAAUCCCUGCAAAUCCCUGGAGAAUAGAGAAAGGGUAGGGGAGAGACAGGGGCUGGAGAAGGCAACAUAAGUAGAGAAUGUGGUCUAGAUGGUGGCUCGUGAAUAUCAGACCCUAUCCCAAAGGCUUUAUGUUAAUCCUCACAGCCCACCUUCAAGGUGUUUUUAUCUUCAUUUUACAGGUGGGGAAAGUGAAGCUUGGAGAGAUUAAGUAACUUGUCAAAAAUCACACAACAAACGGCAAGCAGAGAUCCAAACUCAGAUGAAUCUGUCUCGAUAUCUUUGCUCUUUCAGGUGUUGCCUCGUUGUCUGUGAAAGCCAGUCAAUUUCUUGUUAGAGGAAAGAUCAGCAUGAUGUGAGGAAUCAGGCAAUUAAGGAUCUUGUCCCAGCAGGGAGACAGAGCAAAGCUUUCCAUUUCCCUGGACCUCAGUGUUCUCACCUAUUUAAUGAAAGAAUAGGGCUAGAUGGUUCUUCAAGUACUUCUGCUCUCUGAUGUAUGAGUGUCCAUGUCUACAUUCAUUAAAGGCAUCCAACAAAAGAAUUAAAAUAACAGGAAGGGUGAGCCACAGGCAGGAUCCCUCCCUGUGGGUCAGAAGUCCAGGAAAGGCCAGAGACAGCCACUGCAGGAUAAAUAAACUGAGCUUGGUAUUUUUUGCACACUCUCAUUUUUCUCAUCACCUUCUUCAGCCCUUGUCUGACCAUCCAGAUAUCCUGACCCUGGCUUUACCACCUCUAGUGCUCCCUCCCACUUGUAGCACCCUAUUCUGCGCCUUCUUUGAUGCCUGCAAUGCUGGUUAAAAGGUGUAACUUUUUAUCUAGCCAAAUGGAUAGCUAUUUUUUGCAAAUUAUAAGAAGCUGCCCCUCCCACCUGGGUAGACAUGACCCUACCCAGGGGGAUGUGUGUCUUGGUAAGCAGAGAAUGGGCUACCUUUUAGCUUUGCCUUUGUUAAUUAGCCAGAUGCCCUGGUAUAGUGCACAACUCACACAACUGUACAUGGCAGUCUUAGAACAAAGCCAAGUGGUGAUUCAUUUCAGUGAAUGGUAUUCCAUCCAUCCAAUUACACAUGGCAGAGAGGAACCUAGAAGAUAUGUUAGACUCUUUUCUUUUUUUCUCUCCCAUGUUCAGUCCAUUAUAUUGCUGAUUGAGCUCCUAUUUAUCUCUCAGAUUUUUUCAUUGCCCUCCAUCACCAGCACCCUAGUCAAAAGAACAUCAUCUUCCUUUGGAACUCAACACCAGCUUCCUAACCGACCUCCCCCCAUGUAUUCUGUCCCACCUUUUGUGUUCAUUCCCAUCACUGCAGCCAGAAGAUAUAUGAACUCAACUGUUUUAACACUGAGAACAGGAUGGAGGAUCUUUCCAAAAUGUAAGUAUGAUCAUCACCCUUUCCUGCUUAAAAAUUCUCAGCAACUUCUCUUGAUUCUUAAGAUAAAGACAAGAUUCUUUGACUGGGCCUGCUAUAUCAUCAGACCACUUCUUACUCCUCCAGCUUCAUCCUGCAUCGCCUUCCUUUCAUCUCUCUUCUCUCCAGCUUUUCUGGAAAGGAGCCCAUGCACAUGCUAUUUCCUCCACUUAGAACCUGGUCUCCCUCUUCACCUGUUAACUGCUAUUCACACCGGGAAGCCUUAUGCCUCCCUAACAGUAAGGCCAUCCCUAAUCCUUCUGACACAGCCAACUCCCCUUAUAAGUCCGUUAGCAACAAGGGCCCACUUCCCUUUGCAGCAUUCAUCAGAGUUAUAUUUGUUGAAUUGAUGGAUAAAAUGUAAUCAUUCAGGUCCCAGAUUCGGUGCUACAUCUGCUAGGAAGCCAUUUCUGAUGUGUACCAGUCUCCAGAAACAAUUUCCCUGUCCUCAAAAUGUUCAAAGCAUUUCAUCCUUUCCUUUCUGAUGAUACCUUUUAUCUUGCAAUAGAGUUAUUUAGGUAUUUGUCUCUCUCUUAGAAAUUUAGCACUGGUUCUACUGCGGACUCUCAGCAAAGGGCAUCCGAUGGAUAUCUCACUGGAAAGGUUCUCACGAUGAGAAUUCGUGAGCUCAGAUUCAUGAAUUCAGACGUCCAUAGGUAAUGACAGGUAGGUAACACGAAGGAAUGCUAUAAUGAUGUAGCUUUGGGGAUGGGAGCUGUAAGCACUCAGGGAUUCCUGCUUCACCUAGUAGGUCCCCAGUGACUCAGCACCAGCCAUCACCACUGUGUGAGAAUGUGGGUCCAGCCUUGUGAGAUUUUCUGUUUGUUUUUAAAAGAACUCUGGAUUUUAUUACCUAAUUUAUCUUUAUCCCUUCUCAGACCCUCCACCCCCCAAUACCUGGCAAGUGUCUAUUUUAUAGUAGGUGCUCAGUUAGGAUUUGGGGAAUGAGUGAAUGAAUGUGAAGACACAAAUGGAUGAUAAGUGAUACUUGAAUGAGCCACUGUCUCUCAGAGGUACACACUGUGAGUUUGAAUGUAUUUCUGACUUUCCUGAGUCUACAUUCCAUUCAAAAAAGUUUGGUCAGGACACUUUUAAACCAAUUAUCGAUCACUAAUUAAGACUCCACUGUGAGAAGUCGUGUUUUUGUUUCCCAUCCCCCUAUCAGGUAUUUUCAGGUCUGGAUGGUCUUGACAGCUUUCUAAUCCAAUUCAGAGAACUUCCAAUACUAGAUAUGUGCCCCAAAUCCUCCCAAUACUCAAAAUGCAGCUCUCAGGACUGUUAUUUGUCACCUAUUAUAUGCCCUUAUUGUAUGGAAACUCAAUUUAAUAACUGUCAACACUUUCUUUGAGUCACUUGUUUCUACCAAAUUGAAAACAUUCGUAGAAAAUCCAUCCUUCUUUUCACAUCUCCCAACUGACAAGCAGUUUAGAUAAUUUGACUGGUGAAUGAGAGACUCAGCUCUUUUGUAAUCGUGAGUUACCAUUAGGAUUUGGUUAUUUGUACUAAAAUUUGCCAUUGCAAUAUCAAGUUUUAAAGGAGGGAGAGACUUCAGAAGUUAUUUGGUCUAGACGCCAAUUUUACAGAUGAUGAAAUUUGAGUCCAGGGAAGGAAAGCAAUCAGCCAAGUGAGUUGUGGUGGAGAUCCAAAGUCAGGUCUUUGGAGUCAAACCACUUACUCAUUGUAUCCCUAGGAUAUGCCAGAUUUCCUAAACACUUUAUCAUUGGUUAUCUCUAAUAACACCUCAAGAAAGGUGUAUCAUCCACAUUUUACAGGGAAGGAAACUGCGCUCAGAAAGUUGGCAUGAUUUGUCCCAAGUCCUCCCAGCUAAUAAUAAGUCCUCCAGUAAAUAAAGCUGGAAUUGAAGCCCAGACUUGGAAGAUAGAGCUUCUCCUACCACACUAUGGUGGUAAAAAUCAAGGCAGCUUUGUGAAGAUCACAUUGUUCCUGAGUGAUGGAUGUGAGAUUAAAAAAAAAAAAAAAAAAAAA